AGGAAAUUGUUUUGAUUGCAGCUCCUUCGGUUGUGUCCAAGAUUUCAAGAUGUCUCUCAACAAUAUUAAUACGAACGUCUACUACGAUGAUCCGAUCUUAUUAUGGAAAACAAAGCAACGCGUUCACUACAAGGACGACGUUGCGGCGCGUGCCAAAAAAAACCAAGUAUUUAGCGACAGCUUUGAACAUAUUACAUUAAGGCAACCAAAAAAAUCGAUAUCCUUCUCUCGCCUAACGCCUGCAACGACACCGCCGCCGGAGGCUCAACUACAUUCCAGUAGCAAUAACUCGACUAUCUGUGCUACGUCCAACUCCGUGAAACGGUACGCCCGAACCGCAUGUGAUAAUUGCGGUUACCAUAACAUACCGAUUAUGUCACACCCAAUAUCGCCGCUUGCUAAAUCGCAGACGAACCUGGAGCUCGUGGAGCACCACAGUCAACGCCAGGCACUUUUGCCUCUACCAGUCAUUGGAAUACACCGGGAUGACUCGGCCUACACACUCCAGGUAUCCCGACGGCCUUCGAUACUGCUGCAGGAGAUCCUGACUCAGCGACCCCCUGGCAUUGGACGCAAAGAUCCCAGUAAUUUUCUUCAUUCACGAAACUCCAGAAAUGCAGGAAAUCCCAAUGGAACAGCCACCGGGAGUACGGCAACCAUCAACUUUCAAAGUGGCUCGGCAAGUGCUCGCAAUGGUUCCAGCGCCAACUACGACAGCGGCGCCAAAAGCUUUCAAGCCAAACAGCAAAAAGAAAAGAACCGAAGAACGGGCAAUGAUGCUAUCAGUUCGGCACUGUCUGCAACCUAUUGCAAGCUGCUAGUGCUCUUAGGAGUGUGCCUUCCCAUUACGGAGGUUAUUUCGGAUCAAAUCCCAACUUAUGUCUACCAAGGCUUUUAUGUUUACUUAUAUGCUGGAAGCAUACUCUUUGUUAUAUUUGUUUACAUAAGUGCAUUCCGUAAUCGGUCUCUCUUCAAUGCACUGAAGGAUUUUCACGAAAAGAACAGCAACAUACACAUUAAGCACAAGGUGACUCAUUUCGGAAGCUUCUAUUUACGGGUUGGAGCUAUUGCCUUCGCUAUAGGCACAAUGGUGUAUUCGGGACUGGAGUUUGGCCAGUUCUUUGAACUGAAUGGUCAUCCUGGAUGUCAUGAUGUCUUUGUGGCCAUUACUCCCAUCUGCCGCAUGGUCCUGUGCAUUGCUCAAGUGCAGUUUAUCUUCCUGAAUACCACAUAUAUGGACAUGGCCCGCCACAAAGUAACCUCGCGCUUCGGGCUCAUGCAUAUGGUGGCUACAAACCUGUGUGAAUGGCUAUACGUACUGGUCGAAGAAACUAAGCACGAAAUAUUUCAUAUAACCCACCAUGACAACGAUCCAGUCCACGAUCCCAUAUUGCACAAUGGCACACAUGGCGGUCCUGACUGGUCGACGCUGAAUCAAUCGAUUCAACUUCACGGACCACACGGCUCAGGACUAAGAAUGCAGAACCAUUCUGCUGAAGGUGCGAUGCACAAGCUGUUAGUAAAUAUUACCACGUCCGUUAGUAAUAUUACAACAGCAGCAACGCCAACGCAAGCCACAUUCUCUGGAUGCUCACGUACGACUAUCAUGGGUGCUUUAGUCCAGCAGCUGUCCCCUUUUCUUUUCCCGUGUACAAUUGAAUACUCUCUCAUCUGCGCUGUUAUUUUGUUUGAAAUGUGGAAGACUGUCAAAUCCAUACCGGACAUUGACAAGACUCGCAAGAACUCCAUUAAACCCGUAGCGCAGAAGCCGGCUCAUCACUUCUCUGUUGACUGCUCGCAGUCGCACAAGGGACUCUUCUUCGGCAUACUCAUCAUUGUCAUGACUAUCAUAUCCAUGAUCAUGUACUUUGUGCUGUAUACGCAGCCUGGCUACGAACUGAUCGCGACACAGGAGGUUACACUCUGGGAGACUUUCAUGUACUUCAUGUGCGCCUCGGCAGUAAUUACGGGCAUGAUCCUUAUGCGCGAUCUUCGAUAUAUCAAGGAUACAAGUGACGAGCACCACUCAAUGGACUUAGAUAAUCUCCUAUUGGUUGUAGCCCAGACAGGCGUCUACUUGUAUGGCAUGUUCAGCAUUCUGGGCAGCUAUUUCGCCAAAUGGGAUACGGUGCCAGACCGAGUCGAAGGCAUCAUCGCUGAGGUCUUUGGUGUUGUGCAAACUUCACUGCAGACAAUGUUCAUAUUGCAUGCCAGCCACCGCCGCUGCAAAGGCUCCAAACAGGUGCGCCGCAAGCCCGGUCGUGAGAUCAUUACCUUUCUAUUGGUCGCUAACAUCGCCAUCUGGUUCGUCAACACCCUUAUCAAGGGACGCGCUGUAUUUCGCCAGACGCACCUUGAGUUCUUCGGCAUUUGGGGCUGGACCAUUAUUACACAUAUUUCAAUGCCACUGGCGAUUUUCUAUCGCUUUCAUUCAACGAUUUGUCUCUUCGAAGUGUGGAAAAUCACAUAUAAGGCUAAGACACACUAAUAUUUACCAAUCUUUACCACUUUGAUUUUUUUUUUUUGCUUUUUAAAUUAUUUGUAGGGGAUUAUAUUUUAUUAAUAUUAAGUUAGUAAUUCAGAGCUUAAUAAAUUGAUGAAUUAAGUAGUCGAAACAAUUUCUCGCCGAUUCUGGCUUGUAUUGCCGCUGUCUUCCAUUGUCGGAUAUAUGUACAUAUAGAUGAUACCUAUAUGUGUAUGCAAAUAUAUGUAUACGCAGAGAUACAGACAUACCCGUUUAUCUUGGCUUUUUUGAUAUUCCUCUGCAUACGAUCUAUAAAAUUAGGUCUUAAGUACCUAUUUAUUUCCUAUUUCUAUAAAUAGGCGAUUUUUUUAAGUAAUCAGAUUUUUAGUUAGCUCUCUUUUUUACAUUCUAAUCUAAACAAAAAGUGUAAAUCUUUUCAUUCAAGUUUUAUGUGCAGCAUUACUAUUUUCAAUAAUAUUGUAAACAAAACCUCCAAAUAACACCUUUGAAAUGCGUAAUCAAUACUUAUCGAUUUUGAGCAGGUUUAUCGAUGCAUGCCGGUCCAUGUAUAUAGUGUGGGUUAAAUUAUAUACCAAAUGUCGAUCAUCUGAUCGUUGACACGACAAGUAGUUUCGGGUUGUCAGUCAGCUCAUCAGAAAGUGAACUUAAAAGAAACUUUUUUAGCUCUAUAGUAAAUUAAGCUUUUAAUUGUAUACAGUGUACAUUUUUUAAGAUUACAAUAAUAUUACUAUACUUUAAAUAUUGUUUCCUAACUGUAGCAAAUAAAAAUAAUUAUUCCGCAACAUUUUAAGUUGGUUUAAAUAUAUAUGGGCUUUGUAUCUCUUAAAAGACAUUAUAUUUGACCUUCUUAUAUGUAUGUGGUUUCAAACGAACGGGAAAAUCAAGAUUUGAUUUGCAUUAUUUGUAUCUGGUUUUUUAAAUUAUUUGAGCUUCUCCUUCCAGAAGCUUCGAUCAUUCGUAUAUAUGUUACCAAAAGUUUUGUGAUCCUUUUUCGUAAUACAAUGUGGAUAAAGCAAGCCGUUUAUUGUUCACAAUAUGUGUAUUUCGUAUAUAUGUAGGGUUGGUUUUCAGUCCAAAGCUUAUUACAUUAAAAGAAGAGACUGAAUCAUACGUAAGAAGAAUUCUAUUGUUAUAGUUAUUCAUACUACAUUGUAAACUCCUUCAAAAUAUUUUAGUUUCUUUUCAAAGAGCUACCGACUAAAAUAUGUUGUAUGCCAGAUUUGAUAGAUUGGGUUAUAUUUUUGCUUGACCGACAAAUAACACUUGGGAAUGCUAUGAGUCUAUAUUCACCAAAGAAACAAAAAGAAAAAUAAAUCAAAUAUAUUUUUUAAUAUGGAAUUCUAAAGUUUUUUUUGUGUUGUUAUGUUAAUUGCAUAUUUGCUGCACAAAAAUUGAUAUUAGACGAAACUCUAAGAAUUAUUUUUUUUUAUGUUCGUUUUUCGUAUUUGAUCGGUUACAUAAAUCAUAAAAAAGCACCUAUAUAAUAGGUAUACAAUGCAUUUCGGUAAUACAUAUGUAAAUUGGCAUGGGCCAAACUCUUGUAACAAUGUGCAACAA